UUCAGUUCAAAUUAAAACGGUUUUGUGACGGUUUUGGUUUGUUCUGUUAGUGGUAAACAAAAAAGAAAUAAUAAAAUAAAAGUAUUAAGUAAGCCUAAAGUCCGAAAAUGAAUUAAUUAUUGUGUGAUCCAAGCAACAUAUAUUAUAGCAAACGUAAACAAAAAGUAAAUAAAAAAUGUCAAGCUCAAGAAUACCAUCACCAGCUCGCUCCCACGGCGUACCUACUACCAUAGUGCCAUCACCUCGUCCGCGUCAAUCUCGACGCACAAGAAGUGUAUGCUCUGCAACAUCUAACACAUCUCUACGCCUGACCGCAGUCAUUCAGGAUCCUUUCGAAAUGUCUCUGAUGCCUGACAGAAUGUCUAUGUUGAAUGAUGAUACGGACAUACAAAUUCCUGGUCGCCCAAGUUGGUGGAAGAGAUUAGGCAACCAUUCUAGAGAUGUCACUGAAAUACUGCAAGAGGCAAAGGAAAAUGAAGCUAUUGUGAAAGUGAAUAAUGUAGCAGACGAAUUUGAUGUUGAAAUUUUGAGCCAAGAAAAGGAAAAUGUGAGUGUUGACUUGCCAGACAGCAGCGACGGGGAAUCCAUUCACAGCAUAGUCAUUCCUCAGCGUAAACUAUUCACAAAUCAAGACAACCGUCCUCAGAAGAAAUUGAAAGAAACUAUCAUUAGAAAAGAGACUUUAGUAAAGAUGCAAAAAAGUUACUUUGAUCAGACAAACAUAGACAAAGAGAUUAAUGUAAUGCCAAAAAAACUGUUCAAUCAAGCCUCCAAACCGAAAACAAAACCUGUAUUCACUGAAGCACUACUUAAUGCAUCAGCAAAUAAAACUGUUAAUGUUAAUAAAAGUAUGGAAAAACAAACACAUCAAGUGCAAAGGCAAGUUCGUAAUCUUUUUGGUAACCGACCUGGUACAACAAAAAAGAAUGUUUAUGCAGAAUUCCUUUUAAGUGACAGUGAAAAUGAAAUUCCAGAAAUACAACCCAGGGUAUUUGGAUUUCAAAAGAAAACAGAUCACCAGCAAACCUCAAAACGAAAGAGAAGAUCAGGUUCUCAAAAUUCAGUUCAUUCAUCUGCCUCAAAUAUGACAGAUAUAGAAAUUGCAGAAUGGCAACACCUUCCGUCAUCAACAAUGGUAGAACAUCAGUUUGAAGACGUUGGUGUAACACCAUUAAAAAGAUCAAGGUUAAGCCGGUUAUCCAAACCUAGAGAAUCUGAUAUUGCUUCAAAUAAAAAUAACAGCAUUAAAAAGUCUAAGAGGUCUAAUUCUAAAAUUUUAUACCCAGAAUCUGAAGAAAUGAAUGUAAUAAACACACGCUCUCGAAGUUCAAACAAUUCAAAGAACAAUAGUAAUUUAAUGAUAAAUAAUAACAAAUCAUUAACAGAAACUUCAAAGAAAAAUAUAUCAAAACUUGGACCGGAUGUUUCCAUGGAUAAAACAUUGACUGAAGAAAUUUUGCAAGCAGGCUUGGUUAAUAAAGAGCAUGAGAUAACACUUACAGAAGAAAAUCAGCAUACUGAUGAAGCUGAUGAUGAAAAUUUUACCUUAGAGUAUGACAACGAUGAUGAACAAAUAUUUGAUAUGAAUGUAAAGAAUUGUGAGUCAAACCAAAAUAUUUCUAAUAAAGAAAAAAAUCAUAAUGCAGAUGUGACGAAAACAGACCGAAAUUCGCAAAAACCAAGGAAUUCCCCUACUGCUUUAGAAAUAACCGAGAAACAGAGUGUGAUUGAAAAAAUAGAUUCCAGCCAAAAAGAAAGUAAUCUAAAUAAACAAGCUAUUCAAAAUGUUUCACAAAUACAACGAAAUGACAUGUAUGAAGAAGAACUUAAUGAAAUGAACGAAGAAAUAGUUAAAGGCGAUGCACUAAAGGGAAGAGAAAUAGUAAAAACAGAUAAACGUAAUGAAAAAAACGGAAAUCAAAGUAAACAAGAACUAAGUGAAAAUCAAGAAAUAGGACUACAAGAAGCUGAAGUUCAAGAAGAAAGUGAAAGCGAUCAUGAAUUUAAACAAAAAGAGACAGAACAAACAGAUAAUAAAAGUGAACAAAUGGAACACAAGCAAAUUGAAAUAGAUAAAAGGGAUGAACAACAAUCUGACCGUCACAAAACGAAUGAACCUAAACAAAAGAACCAACAUAUAGAUACUAAUAACGAAAAAAUAGAUUCAAAAGAACAAACACAGAAUUUAACUCACGAGACUUCUGGAAAAUCUAAAAAUAAGGAAAUUUUGAAGUCUCCAGAAGCGGUCCUACACAAAAAAAGUAAGCAAGGUGAAUCCUUCAAUACACAUGGGCGUAACACUAGUUUCAGCAAAUCUAAAACUAUGAUAAAAGAUCUGAAUAUACGACCAAGCUUAGCACCUGCUAGAGAUAGCACAGGCCUUACAAAUGGCACUAUAAAUUCAAGCGCUGAAGGUUCCGGUUGGGAUUCACAUAGAACUACACGAAAAACAUUAAGAAUGACUUUUGGAAAAGAUUUUACACCUAGGAAAUCCUUGCGCACUUUAGUUAUGGAAAGAGCAGCUAAACGACAGACGAAUAAUCAAAAUGAUCAAGUUGCAGAUAAAUCUAAACGUAAGAGUAAUUUCAAUGAAACUAUUAAUAAAUCCAAAGAUAAUUCUAAAAUGCAGACUAGUAUCAAAAAAUUUGCCGAUACAUCUAGUGUGCACGCAGUUGCUGAUAACUCUAAGCAUCAGAAUAGUUUCAAUGAAAUUGUAAAUAAACCUAAUCAAUCUAAACGACAAACUUAUUUUGGUGAUAUAACUAAUAAAAGGCCCAUAGCGAACUCAACAGAAUUACCUGAUUUUGAAUCUUAUCAAGAACAAGAAGAAAAAUUGGAACGACAACCAGAGAAAAAUCUUGAAGAACAAUCGGAUCAAGAACCAAAGCAAGACAAAGAGGUGGAAAUGGAUCAAAUAGCAGAACAAAAUACAGAAAACAAAUCGGAUCAAAAAGCAGAACACAAUCCUGAAGUGGAAUCAGAUCAAGAACGAGAGCAAAGCGAAGAAGUUGAAUCGGAUCAAGAAGCAGAACAAAGUGAAGAAGUUGAAUCAGAUCAAGAACGCAACCAAAAUGAAGAAUUUGAAUCGGAUCAAGAAGCAGAUCAAAAUGAAGUGAUUGAAUCGGAUCAAAAGGCAGAACAAAGUGAAGACGUUGAAUCAGAACAAGAGGCAGAACAAAGUGAAGACGUUGAAUCAGAACAAGACCUAGACCAAGAUGAAGAAUCUGAAUCCGGUCAAGAAACAGAACAAAAUCCUGAAAUGGAAUCAGAUCAAGAACCAGAUGAAAAUGAAAUUGAAUCGGACCCAGAAGCAGAACAAAAUUCUAAAGUGGAAUCUGAUCAAGAAACAGAACAAAACGAAGAAGUGGAAUCAGAUCAGGAAGCAGAACAAACUGAAGAAUUCCAAUCUGAUCAAGAACCAGAACAAGCUGAAGAAGUCGAAUCUGAUCAAGAACCAGAACAAAAUGACGAAGUCGAAUCUGAUCAAGAACCAGAACAAAAUGAAUCUGAAUCGGAUAAAGAACUAGAACAACGUGAAGGAUUUGAUUCAUAUAGAGAACCAGAACCGAUGGAUGUGGAUGAAACGUAUCACGAAUCCUCGGAGCAGUUGAAGCUGACAACUCGUGAAAUGUUCUUUGAAAAGUUGAGGCAAGAAAACGCUGAGAGACGACGGAAAGUGCAAGAAAAAGUAAUGAACAUGCUCAAAGGGCCAAGAGACCCCUUCAGUGCAUUUAAGAUACCCGAAGUACCAAAACAGAAGCGAACAACAAAGACCACCAAGAAAGUGACCCAGACCAAACUAAAGCCAUCCUUAUUCUCAAACGAACUACCUCCACAAUUCUUUGAGGACUUGAAAUAUAAGCCGCCCAAAAGGUUCCAAGGAAAGAAUGCUCCAUGGAUCACGAAGAGAUUGUACAAGUUUUUGGAAGAUAAAUUGCAACCAAAGUACGACUACCGCGCCCGUGUCCGCGCGGAAAAGCUCGUGGAGAAGCUGUAUUUGUUCGCUAAGGAUGUCCGCAAGUGUGCUCGCGCCGCGCCGCCUCAAGCGAUAUCGGAGCUGAAGCUCGAGAUGGCUCGCCUGGGCAUCGUCACCACACACUAUCAGUUCUACGGCUUCUUCCACGAGUUCAUGCCCCGGGAGAUACGGAUCAGGGUGAAUCCCGAUAUUAUGAAUAAAAUGCCGCAACCCACAAAUGUGUUCGGUAACAUCUUGGAGGAUUAGCAAGAUUUGAACAAUACCAACGGGAUUUAUUAAAGGAAUUUUAAAAACGGUUGGUCCGAUAUAAAUCCGAGAAAAUACUACUGUUGUUUAUACAACCAGGCCGAAUUCACUUGAUCAGUAACCCGAGACACAUUAUAUCUUAUGUAACUCUUACCUCUUAUGAGAGAGAUAUGUAAGUUUACGCGUUAGAAAGAGAGCUGUUUAUUAAAAUUUUAGGCCGCAGUGCUUGUGUGAGCUGAAUUGUAUUUAUAUCUUAACAAGUCGCUGUUAAAACAUAUUUGCAGAGUGCAACUCUGUACUGGAAGGCACUAUCAAGGAGUCGGCCAUUUUGGAUCGUAUUUUCUCAUAUUUGGAUUGGAUAAAUGCGUCUCAUUCAUGAAUGUAAUGAACAUACAUAACUGAUAUUACAGUAAUUUUAAUCCUAAAUAAAUUUAAAACUGAACUUAAAUGUUGAAUAUUUUUGUGUUGUCUUGUAAAGGGCUAUUCCUUUACAGCUUCUCAAAAGUCAAAUGUUGAGGCAAAUCCACACUUGUGCGCGCGCACGUACCGUGCACACAACACGCAUCAUACGAACAUAAUGUGGCCAUGUCCACGAGUGGUUUACGAGUUGUUCGCGUGCAUGUGUGUGCACAAUACGGUGUGCACAAUAUGUUCGUGAGUUUUUGGGAGUGAAUACAAACGAUAUUUUUUAUUUAUUAUUCAGAUACAAGUUAGCCCUUGACUGCAAUUUCACCUGUUGUUAAGUUAUGAUGCAGUCUAAAGAUGGAAGCGGGCUAACCUGGAAAGUGUAUGGCAGUUAAACCCAUACUCAUGCAUAAUUUGCAAAAUAUGGGUGGCCACAGAGACAAUGACGCGUCAUAGGUUUUCAAUGUUGCUGUGUGCGCUGUUCGUGCGCCUGCGCAAGUAUGGAUCUACUUUUAAUUUUAUUUUAAUGUUAAUUUAGCAAUCAAUGCGCAGGGCCCUGCUUUUGUAUCACGUUCUUUAAUAUAAAAUAAUUAAUUUAUAAUCAUGAAUUUCCCAUGUAAAAACACUUCUAGGCUAGAUUAUUAUUAAGGUUGUCAUAAUUGUUUUGAAUUACAGAUUUCUAUUAAAUAAUAAUACU